AUGGGUGUCUUGAAGGCCCAUACCUACAUCAGCCAGGGUCUUUCAGAAGGCCUAGCCAGUGCUGGCUGGCACUGCAACUUGGUUUCGCAACAGCGGCUAACUUUUACGUCAGCAUCCCUCGUUGAGGAUGAGUACAUCAACGGCCAAGCGACGGUUCACAAUGUCGCUGAGCUCGAGGACUGCUCCAUCGCCAUCGACGCCACGUACUACCUUCAGUACUUGCUGCACACCCCGCCCACGCGAGAACCUCUCCUGACGGCUUUGGGCGGUAUGAAUGGGCUUGACAACCACAUCCGGGAAGACCUGGCGAACUGGAAGGCUCACAAUGUUACACCGUUCUUCAUCUUCGACGGCCAGUCCAUGAUGGGACAAGAUGAGGUCAUAACAAGCCGGGGUCGCAAGUCCAUCGAGAAGUCAACGCAGGCCUGGGAGCUGUACGUUAAUGGACAGGCGCAGGAGGCGGUCAACUCGUUUGGCAACCACAAUGGCGCCUUCAUAAUUCAGAACCUGUACAGGAUGCUCCAGAAAAUACUGAAGGAUUUGGACCUGCACUUCCUGGUUGCGCCCUAUAAUGCAGCUGCCCAGAUUGCAUAUUUGGACAUGAUCGAUUCAGACCAAUGCGCCGGUAUCAUGGGUCCGCAAGAACUUUUGCUUUACCCCAUCAAAGACAUGAUCAUUCGUUCGAUAGACUGGACCAACAAGACAGCAACAGCCAUCUCUAAGCGAAACAUCAUCAAGCAGCUCGGCAUUGGCGACAACACUUUUGCAGACGCUCUAUUGAUGGUUGGAACCUCGUUCUUGCCUCCCUUUCCCCCAUUGCAGGACGGCAGCGUUUUGCCUGUGCCCCGUAGGCAGAACGUGGUCGAUGCCAUCAACAUGUUGCGGGCGUCAGAGAAGUCUGUUGCCUCGGCUUGCCACUCUUUCAGCGACAUCUUAAAGUCCCACGACCCUAACUGGCUUGACAAGUACUCCAAGGCAAAGAUGGCCGUGGCUCACUUCAUUUAUAUCGCAGAAGACGGCGCCGUGACGGUGUAUGACUACGACAAGCUUACCAAAGACAACCACGAGUAUUUGGGCCUUCAGCUACCCGCAGAACUAUUCCACUACCUCAACACCGGCCUGAUUGGCCCGCGGAUGCUCAGCUGGAUAACACACAGCAAAAUCACCGUGCUACCAACAAUCGACGGUAACGUUUCGGAGGAGUACCGGAACCUUGUGACCAAGUCAUUGGUUCCUGUAAAGGAGAUGACUCUCAGCCUCUUGAUCCCGCGUCUGAACCGUGGCAUCGGAUUCCGCGACGUGGCGAUGAAGGUGUGGUUCGACGAUAAAUUCACCUACAACGUCAACCACCGAAACGUGCAGCCUUCUCCCGGAAUCAGGACCGCAAGCUGGCUCAUUACGGACAGCAAACUCAAAUCACUCUUUCCCAAGCCAGAAUCUGGAUCCAUUGCCUUUGAGGUCCUUUCGCUCAAGAACCCAGAUCUCGUCAGCGCGACAUCAACCAAGGAUAGGAUCAAGGGUGCGUCGCUUGACUCUGCAGACGUGAUCGUAUCGGUCACAAUCUGGCGCUUCCUUCACCUGCGCGGCUACGUUUCGGACUCGCACGAACUGACGCCCUGGGGCCAAACACUGGCCCAUGCACUCCAGGCCAUUGAGCCAGUGGCCAAGGAACAUCCCGACUUUGAGGGUCUCUACGAGCAGCUGCUGGUGGCCUUUGAGAUGAUCAGGUUUGGUGUACUUCACACCAAGGCGCCCCAGGAUGAGUCCCACGGUCUGCCGUUGAACGGAUCAGAGGAUGACAAGGGCAGUCUACUACUUUUGAGCCGCGUUGCGACAUUGCUCAAGUUGCGCCACGCCCCAACUGGAUACACGGGACCUUUGAACAAGAGUUUGCUUGUGUUCCGCUCGCUGGCGUCCACGGUCAGGGAGGCAGACCGUGACCUUGUCGAGGCGAUUGUUGCAUCGAUGUUUAUGUAUGCACAGGCGAAGCGUGAGAGGGAUGAUUCAUGGGAGAUUGGCAACCGCCUCCCGUUCACACAAAAUCCCGACAUUGCAUUUGGUAUUGCGGUCAAAACACUGCUGGACGAGGUGCAAGUAGGUGAACCGCCUGAGGUGCGGCGCCAGCGCAUGGAGACAUUCCCAGCAGAAUACGUGCCGCACUCUACGGACUUUGAAGAAGACAUGGGCAUCUUCUAUGCGUUCUUUGAGGCGAUUGCUGGUGCCCUGAAGACGCUCCCUGACAAGGAGCUCAGCGCUGCUGCCAAAGGAACAUGGGAGACGGCUACCAAGUAUCUGGAGUUAAGAAAGUAA